GCAGCCUUGCUGACAGUUGCUGAACGCCGAAGUUAGCAAUAUGGAGUAUGGACGUUUGUUGGAAUUGAGUUGAAUGUGCCUUGAGAAUAAUUUUAGUGAUAUUACAUUUAUAUGUAAUAUACAUGUAUAUUAUAUACAACGAAUAAUUUUACAAUACACAAUUGUGAUCUGAUAAAUUUGUGAAAUGGCAACAACGGAGAGCAUCAAAUAUAUUUACCACUUGCCCUUUGUUGAACGAUCAGAAUUUUGCAAAAUUAUGAACCAAAAUGAUAAGUGGGAGGAGCUGGCUGGUACCUGGAUGAAAUAUGAUGUCUUAACGAUACAAAGUUUAAGAAAGGAGAAAAAUCCCACAGAUGAGCUCUUGACACUAUGGGGCCAUCAUAAUCACACAACAGCAGAACUAUUUGUGUUAUUAUCCAGAAUGCAACACUAUCAGUCAAUGGUACCAUUAUUACCUUUCGUUGAUCAGAAAUUUCAUCGGCUUUUGUACAACGGGGAAGGCAAUUUGCAGAACAUGCCGCGUAAGCAGUUGGUCAACAAGAACACUAAAGAUUUGAAGAUUGGCACACAGAAUUUUAAUCAACGCGUACUGCCGCAGCAAAGUGUUAAUAAAAUUUUAAAUCAACCAACGGCGCAAUUGGGUAUUAGCCCGAGCAACUCCAAUAAUUUGUUAGUAGCUUCACCAGCAGCUGCUGCUUUUUUCUCUCCGCAUAAUAUUGGCAGUAAUGAGAAAAAGAUUAACGAAUCGCCACUGCCAAGAACAGAAACUACUUUGCCACACGCAAGUUAUAGUGAACUAGCUAUUGCCACAGAUGGAUGGAAUCAGCACAACAUAUUGGGAAGAGGUGGUUUUGGAACAGUAUACAGAGGCAUCUGGAAAAAUACUGAUGUUGCAAUAAAAAAAAUCCGACAAAAGGGAUCCGAUUCGGAUGAAAGUUACAUAUUGCAGCUGCAGCAAUCAUUGAAAGAAAUUAAGAUUUUGAAUUCUCGUACCCAUGAAAAUAUCUUGCCUCUAUAUGCAUACAGUCUCGGCGGCGAAGCACCGUGCUUGGUUUAUCAGCUGAUGAAGAAUGGGUCUUUGGAAGAUAGGCUGCUAUUAAGACAAAAGACUAAACCGUUAAAGUGGAUGCAAAGACAUGAAAUUGCUAAAGGUACAGCACGCGGAUUGCAAUACUUGCACACCAUCGGAGAAAAACCAUUGAUCCAUGGUGAUAUUAAAAGCGCAAAUAUUUUGUUGGAUAAAAAUUUCGAGCCUAGGAUUGGUGAUUUUGGCUUGGCGCGGGAAGGUCCUGAAAGAGACAGUAUGAAGAUCAGCAGAAUUCAUGGAACUAGACCCUACCUGCCAGAAGAAUUUUUACGUGACAAAAAAUUGUCCACAAAAAUAGACACUUAUAGUUACGGCAUAGUCUUAUUCGAAAUUGCAACUGGUCUUCGAGCUUAUGACGAUUCACGACCCGAAAAGAAAUUGUUAGGAGAUUUAAUUGAAGCUUGGAAAGACAAAGACAUUUCCUUAUUGAUGGACAAGAAAGGUGGUGAAGAGAACAAACAGGUUUAUGGUAAUUUAAUAUCCAUAGGAAAAUGGUGUUCUAAGAGAUCGGCGCUAGAUCGACCCGAAAUGGAAAUUGUAUUUCAAACAUUGAACGAUUUAUGAAAUUCAUAAUCAUUACAUAUAUAUUUUUAAGGCGAAUAUACUUACUUUAUUUGCACAUAUAAUGAUGAGCAUAUUGUGAUAAAAAGUGGAUUUUAUAUACAUACAUAUAGUCA